AUGACAUCGCAAAGAGGAUUGCUAAUUGUUAUUGAGGGAUUGGAUAGAACAGGUAAAUCUACUCAGGUCCAGUUAUUAUAUCAACAUUUUUUAAAUUUGAAUAGAAAGGUUGAAAUUCUCAAAUUUCCUGACAGAUCUACGAAUAUUGGGAAACUCAUCAACUCUUAUCUAUCCAAUAAAGAAACAAAACUAAAUGAUGAGUCAAUCCAUUUACUAUUCUCUGCAAAUAGAUGGGAACUAAAGGACUACAUGACCAGCCAAUUGAAUCAUGGAGUUAAUUUAAUUCUAGAUCGUUACAUCUACUCUGGCAUCUCUUAUUCAAUGGCAAAGGGUUUGGAUUUUGAUUGGUGUUUAAACUGCGAUAAAAAUUUGAUUAAACCGGAUUUCAUUUUUUUUCUAAAUUUUAACAAUAAAAACUACUUUAAUGAAAUCCAAAAGAGAGACGAUUACGGACUAGAGAAAUACGAGUUACUAGAAUUCCAACAAAAGGUUUACGAUAUAUUCAAUCAAGUUAUAUUCACCGAUAGUGACAGCGGUCGUUUGGUGAAGAAACAUGAAUUUAUUAAAAUUGAUAUUGAGAACAAAAACAUAUCUCAAGUUGAAAACGAAAUUAAAUCAGCUAUGGACCACUUGUUGGAAAAUCCAAUUGAAGAAUUACAUCAUAUUUAA